AUGACCUCUCACCAUGUCAACAACAACCUCUAUACGUGUGGCUCUUUAGCAUCGAGGCUGAAUGCCACUGCCUUUCCUCCGAACCGCGAGAGCAGCAGUCCUUCAGACUCUUUCAGACGAGACAUCUUCUACCCCGACGACUCCAGCGUCUCCAACGAGCUACCCCUUGCUUCCCUCCACCUUCUCUGCCUCGUCUCUGUUCAGCAUAACAGCAGCAUCGAUCAAAGAUUCACCCAUACGCAUUCCGACUCGCUGGCUGAUCUCUAUCCCGUUCUCAUCUUUUCCGAACCUACGCUUGGCUUUCACUAG